AUGAACAAGCAAACAUUUAUAACUAAUCAUCCUGAAUAUGGAUAUAAUGGUACUAUUGAUGAAAUUUAUCAUAAUGAAUUUUCAACUCGUCUUCCUUCAGAUCGAGUCUAUCUCGAUCAUGCCGGUACAACAUUAUAUACUCAAUUUCAAAUAGAUUCUCAUUUUAAUCAACUUCGUACAUUAACAUUAAAUAAUCCUCAUAGUGAACAAGAAGAUUCCAAAUCUUUAUUAUUAAUUCAAGAAUGUAUUGAAUUUAUUUUAUCAAUAUUUCAAACAUCAAGUCGUUAUUAUUCAAUUGUAUUUACAUUAAAUACAAGUCAUGCUUGUCAAUUAUUAUCAUCAUUAUUUCCAUUUUCAUCACAAUCGGAAUAUGCUUAUAUGACUGAUAGUCAUAAUAGUCUUAUUGGUAUUCGACAACAAGUUAAAUCAAAAGGAGGUUCAUUUUCAGUUAUCGAUUAUCCUUCACAUAUUUAUAAUAAACAAACAGAUUCAGAUAUUAAUAAUUGGUCCUUUCGUUGUGCUGGUCGUUCAUCAUCAUCAUCAUCUGAAAUGGAAUCAGAUAAUCCAUAUUAUUGUCUCUUUGCAACUCCCGCAGAAAAUAAUUUUAAUGGACUACGACCACCAUUAGAUAAUCUUUUAGGGCCUUUUAUAAAUGCACGAGAAAAUCAAUCAGAAAAUUUUCCUAUACCAGUUCAUCGACGUCCGUCGAAAUCAUGUCAUUGGUUAACAUUAGUUGAUUGUGCAAAAUAUUUAUCAACACAACCAUUUUCACUUUCAACAUAUCCAGUUGAUUUCGUUGUUUUAUCAUUUUAUAAAAUCUUUGGUUAUCCAACUGGUUUAGGUGCAUUAAUUGUUCGAAAUGAAUCAUUAAAAAUACUUAAUAAUGAAAAUUAUUUUGGUGGUGGUAGUGUACAAUAUAUUUCACCAUAUGAUGAUAAUCGUGUUAUAUAUAAAUCUGGUAUUGAUGCUUUUAUUCAUGGAACAAUACCAUUUACAACAAUUCUUUCUCUUUAUCAUGGUUUUCAAUUAAUAACAUGUAAAUUAUCAUAUAAAUCGAUAUCAUUACAUACACAAUGUUUAAUUGAGUAUUGUCGAAAUGAAAUGUGUAAAUUAAAUUAUUCCAAUGGACAAAUUCUUUGUUUAUUUUAUGAUGCAAGAAAUAAUUUAUUAAAUAAAAAUAAUGGUUAUUCUUAUGGACCGAUUUUAAAUUUUAAUUUAUAUAAUCGACAUGGACAAUUUCUUUCCUGUCGUUUAAUACAACGAAUUGCUGCUGAUCAUAAUAUUAUUUUAAGAGUAGGAACAUUUUGUGCACCAGGUGCUAGUCAAGCUUAUCUUGGUUCAAGUAAAUCAUUUGAAAUUAAUCAUGAAUGUCAUCGUGGUCUUUUUUGUGGUACAAAUAAUGAUGGUGAAGAUGUUUUAGAUUCUGGUCGUCAACCAUUAGGUAGCAUUCGUUUGAGCCUUGGUUGGAUGAGUCGUUAUGAAGAUAUUCAAAAUUGGAUUGAUUUUCUUCGUCAAGUUAUUUUACAAGGUAUUGGAAUAGCACCUUUAUUACCAUCGUUAACAGUAAAUAAAUAUUCGAAUGAAGAAAUUAUUUUAAAUUUAACUCAUAUUUAUAUAUAUCCAAUAAAAUCUUGUGGUUCAAUGUCAGUUAAAGAAUGGCCUUUAACAUCAAUAUCAUUUUUAUAUGAUCGUGAAUGGAUAAUUAUUGAUCAAAAUUUAAAUCCAUUAACACUGAAACGUUUACCAUCAUUAGCACAAAUAAAACCUUUUAUUAAUCUUAAACAAAAUCAACUUAUACUCAAUGCAAAUAAUCAUCCAUCAUUUAUUAUUGAUAUUAAUAAUGAUUCAACAAUUAUUAAAUCAUCAAUAAAGUUGAACGAUGGAAUUAUAUGUGAUAUGUAUGGUGGUGAAAUCGAACAUUGGUUAACUAAUGUUUUAGGUAUUUAUGCGACGUUAGCACGUCGUAGAAAUGAUAGUCAAAUGACAUUAGCAAAUGAAGGUGCUUUUCUUCUUGUACAUGAAGAAAGUGUUCGACAAAUAAAAUCUGAAUUAAAUGAAAAGGAAAAAAUUACUCAUGAACGUUUUCGACCAAAUUUAGUUGUUGAUAAAUGUAAUAUUAAUCAAUUUUAUUCUGCAUAUAGUGAAGAUUUGUGGAAACGUUUCGUAAUUUUAAAUGAAGACAGUAUUCAAUUGAAAACAAUUGGUUUAUGUCAACGAUGUUCAAUAGUUAAUGUUGAUCCAUUGACUGGAACAAAUCAAAGUCAUCUUUUUACUCGUUUACAAACACAACGAAGAGAAAUUAAUUCAUUAAGAGCAAAUUUUGGAAUUUUAUUAAAUCUUUCAGAAAUGUAUAAUAAUACGAAUUUUAUUCGAGUUGGAGAUCGAAUUCAAGCUUUUAAAUAA